AUGGAGUCCGCGGGCGAGUUCUGCGGCUCGCUGGGCGGCGCCGGCAGGUCGCCGUGCCUGGACGGCGGCGGCGCGGCGUUCAACUCCACCCGCCCGGCGGCGCUGCCGCUCCGCAGCAUGUUCCUGGAGCGCGUCGGCAACGGCUCCUACCUCAACAUGGCGGCGCACCCGGACGGGUCCGCCCGCGUGUUCCUCAGCACCCAGGCCGGCAAGGUGUUCCUGGCCACCGUGCCGCCGCGAGAAAUUUGCCAUUAUAGAACAGUGUGCCUACACACACACAAAAAAAAGCAAUCGCCGAUUUGCACCUGCGCCAAGAGAAGGAUGCUAGUAGCUGUGAAAGCGUGUGAAAUAGCAGAGGAGACAUAGCGACAUAUGAUAUAGUUAAGAGAUCAAUUCCAAGUAAGUACAGCUCAUCACGAUUGAACACACGAGACGGUGACUCUGAGAGUAAAAAGAAGAAAAAAAACAGAAAGCCUACGUCUCACUCCAGUCUUCCAACACCCGAUUCUUCCCUUCUCUUCUUCACCAUCUCCCGCGGCCUUAGAAGAAAUUGCGGGAGGUAGGCAAGGCAGACGAUAGGAACGGGAGACCCUACGGGGCGGCGGCGCGUCGGGAGGAGGAAAGGGAUGAAGAUUUGAAGGGGGGGAAAAUCGAGUAUGAGAAGAGCUCAAAACACUCGAGAGUGAGUGGUAGAUAGAUAGACUAAAAAAAACUGAUAUACCACAACAGGAUUCGUGGAGUGCAGCUGCGACGGCGAGAACAUUUUAAUUCCGGACAAGUCGUAUCAGCGCAUCACACGCCACGACACCAACCCAUUCUGGUGGCAUGUUGCAACAUUUCAAGAAAGAAACGUCGUCUCCGUACGGCAAAACCCCAUUCCUACUUCCUAUCCUAGGAUCCGACCUCCGUUGUCAAAAGAUCAAAAGGAUCCCCACCCACCCUUUUUUCCCCCGGAUUCAUCAAGGGUGGUAGUGGUGGAUAAAAAGGAGAGGCCUUUUAAGGAACAAAUCGAUGGGCUACGAAAAUCGAAAUAGAUGGACACAAGAUCUCUACCGCGGGAAUGGACGCAUCAGGCAAAUGAACCCACGAAAUCGGAUCACAGCUCUUGGGGGAGAGAGAACUCACGUCAGGGCGGGCGUGCCGGAAGGACGAAAUUCCCCGAUUCGGGGCUUCCUCCGCGUCCUUCAGAUGGCAGAUCGGAGUGCAGGUGG